CCCAUGUCACCGGAUUAAGUCCUGCUGUUAUUCAUGUACUGUUCAAUGGGGACCCUGAAAUGGCAACAAUUGUUGUCGAGGACUGUCCUGAUCUGCACAUCAGGAGUAUUAUAACAAUGCUUGAACUUGAAGAACUUACUCAGGAACAGAAGGACACAGUGUCAGAUCUUUCCCUGUCUUGGGAUCUCCCAGCAGUCACUAAAACGAAUCAGAGGUGGCUACAUAACAAACUUCUAGUACACGCGGUCAUCGGGAGGACCAUGCGCCAAAUUAAACAGUUGAGAAAGGGAUUGAAAGAUGUGAUGCUAUGGCCCCUGCUGACAUCAAGGCCAGAUGUUGUCCCACUUCUUUUUCUGAAAAUGGCAGGAAUGCAGUUUGUACCCCAGAUGUUCCUAGACAAAAUCACAUGGCCUGUGGAGGACAGUGAUGAUGAAGAACUUGACAUUGAGUGCAAGUGCCGCAUCACUGGUUUUCUACGGAUGUUCAUUGAAACAGCUUCAUCAGAUACUCUGGCUCAGUUGCUGAAGUUCUGGGUCGGCUGGGAAAUGCUCCCUCCAGAACUCAAAGUGGAGUUUUCCGGGGGAACCUUCCCAUCAUCCUCCACAUGCUUUGAAACACUGAAGCUGCCAGCUCAUUACAACACCUACAAAGACUUUGAGGAAGCACUUGUUGCUGCCAUAGACAGUGCACACACUGGAUUUGCUCUUGUUUAAGUAUUUUCAGGCAAUGAUGUUGCUGUGCUUUUAUUCAGUAGAAAAAGGUCAAUUUGAGUGAAGUGAGUUCAGUGUUUUUCUAACAUUUCAAAUACAGUGCAGUAUUUUCUUUCCCUGAAAAUGACACUGCUUUGUUGUUGCUCUUCUGUCAACUGUUUGAUACUUCAGUGUGCAUCACCUUGCUGUCCUUGCCUGUUGUCAUUGGCUACAUGAGGUUGUUGAAAUAUCUCUUGAUGCUAGAAAAAUUGGUUUUAUUUGCAUUAAAACAGCAUAUUAUUAUUUCAGAUUUUUAUUGACAAAUCAAGUUAACUAAUUCAUGAGUGACAUUUGCACAAUAAAUAAAAUAAAAGGCCUGCUUAA